AUGAGUCUCACCAUGUCCUCGCGGAGGGUCCUAGCGACAGCCUCCAGCGGAUUCCGGCCGGCAACGGCGACAUCGACGACGGCGGCGGCCGUGCUGGUGCUGCGGCCGCUGCACACGACAGCAGCACGAGCGGUCGACUGGGGCCGGCUGUUUGGGCGACGGAAGAAGAAGCCGGCCGCGGCUGCGACGGGCGACGUGGCCGAUGGAUUGGCCGGCGAUCUGGCGCGCAGCCGAACACGACAGGCGCUCAAGGACCGCAUGACGAACCCGCAGCUGGACGCGAGCCCGUUCUUGAGCGAGAUGGAGGAGAGCGCCGGACCGGCUGCCGACGUCCAGGCUGACAAGACCCCGGCUUCGUCCAGAGCAACAACGGCCCGAAACGAUCUCGGCACAUCGCUCGUGCCCGAACACCUGCAGCGGGCUCUCGACCCGGAUCCGCGCAGCCGCGUCCGGUGGGAACGCAAGAUGGUCUUGCGCCAUGUCAGCCGGCUACUGGACCCCGCUGGUGCCGAAACCCGUGACGAACGGCUCGCCCGCACCGAACGCCAGCUGCUGCACAAGUCCGCGCCGCUGGCCACCAGCACCAAGAAGCUCACCUUUCUGGCCCGCCAGAUCGCUGGCAAGACGCUCGAGGAUGCCCUCGUUCAGAUGCGCUUUAGCAAGAAGAAAAUGGCUCGCGACGUCCUCUGGCACCUCGAGGAGGCCCGCGACACCGCCAUCGUCGAACGCGGCAUGGGCUUGGGACUUGUCAAUGCUGACGUAAGCACAACCGCCCCGGCUUCCACCGCCCUCAAGAUUCAGACCAAAGACGGCCGCUGGCUCGCCAUCACCGAUCCCUCUCGCAUCUACGUCGACCAGGCUUGGGUUGGCAAGGGCGUCUGGCGCGCUGCCACUCCCGACUAUCGCGCCCGAGGCCGCCGCUUCCUCAAGUGGUCGCCCUCUUCAUUCCUCUCCGUCGUCCUCAAGGAAGAAAAGACCCGCAUUCGCCUCCACGACGAGCGUGUUGCCAAGCAGGCCAAAAAGGCCCCUUGGGUCCACCUGCCAAACCGCCCCGUCACGGCCCAGAGACCCUAUUACUCCUGGUAA